UUCCGGGAGAGCCGUGGGGGCCCGGCACUGGGCACGGCCAUCCCGGGAGCUGGGCAUGGGCAGGAUUCCAACUCCAACUUCAUGGGAGAGGUGUGUGACAGCAACGAGAACUGGAGCUGGGCAGCGCCGGGGUCCCCGCUGGAGGAGAGCUCCAGCCAGAGCGAAAACACCACAAAUCCAUCCCAUAAUCUGCUGUUAUUAACGCAGAGACAGAUGGUCCAGGGCCGACUUAGGUACAUCGCCCCCGGCCCGGGCACCUUGCGGCCGCGUCUCCCCGAGCAGGGGGUGCGCAGCCCCCCCGAGGGAGCAGAGGUCGGUGGGGCAGGGGGCCAAAACGCCGCUGAGGAGCCGUCUGGGGGAUGCGGCAAGGCCCCGAGCUCCCCUGCUGAGGACAACGGCUACGCCAGCAGCUCCCUCAGCAUAGACAGCCCCGAAAGCGCCCGCGGGAGCUCCUGGGCCCCUCUGGCCGCUGUCCCCCUCCCUGUGAGCCCACCCCAUCUGGGGACAGCCGAGCCUGAGCCGGGGACCCUCUUCCCAGCGCUGGCAGAGGCCGUGCAGCACCUCCAGGACAAGGAGCGCUUCAAGGAGCGGGAGAAGGAGAAGCACCACAUCCAGCUGGUGAUGUACCGGCGCCUGGCCCUGCUGCGCUGGAUCCACGGCCUCCAGCAGAAGGUGGUGGACCAGCAGAACCGGCUGCAGGAGAGCUUCGACACCAUCCUGGACAACCGCAAGGAGCUCAUCCGCUGCAUGCGGCACGGCACGGCGUGUCCCGCCUCUGCGGCCACUCCCAGCCCCUGA